AUGGCCGUUGCUACAAGUAGUCAGUCCACGUCCACGGUGGUGUCAUCGCUCGUGGCAAACAUUGUGUUAUUCUCGUGCUUUGUCACGGGUUUCCUUCUUUUAAGAUUGAAAUUCAGAAGAACAUAUAGUCCCAAAUCAUUACCAGCAGACCUCGUGCCAGCAGAUCAGAGACCAAAACCUCUUCCUCGCGAUCCGUUUACUUGGCUUUUCGCAUUAUUGAACAAACACGAUUCGUUCAUUAUACAGCAAUCUGGCUUGGAUGGGUACUUUUUCUUGCGAUAUAUUAGAACAUUUAGUUUAUUGUUUUUGUUUGGCUUGUUGACAUGGAUUGUCCUCCUUCCAAUCAAUGCAGCCAACGGAAACGGUAACAAAGGAUUUGAUCAAUUGUCGAUUGCAAAUGUCAAGGAUAAACAUAGAUAUUAUGCACACGUGUUCAUUGGCUGGUUUUGGUAUGGAGCAGUUAUGUUUGUCAUUUACAGGGAAUUGUUCUUUUAUAAUUCAUUAAAAAAUGUCGUUUUGUCGUCGCCCAAGUAUGCAAUGAAAUUAUCGUCGAGAACCGUGUUGUUCCAAGGCGUGCCUGACCAACUAUUAGACGAAAAACAAUUGUACAAAGUGUUUAAUGGUAUCAAGAGGAUAUACGUUGCCAGAACAUCGCGGUUUUUGGAGCAUAAAGUUGACGAGCGAGCACAAGUAGUUACUAAAUUGGAGAAUGCCGAAAACAAAUUGCUUAAAAUGGCAGUCAAGGCCAAGAGAAAGGCUGAUAAAAAAGGUAUAAAGCUUGAACCAGAGGAUGAGAUUAGUGCAUACGUUCCAGAAAGCAAGCGUCCAAGAACAAGAACAGGCGGGUUUUUUUCGGCAAAAACAGACACUAUAAGAUGGUGUCAAGAACAGAUACCAAUCUUGAAUAAAGAAGUUAAAGAACAACAAAAGAAAUUUAGACGCACGAAGCCAUACAAUUCUGUGUUUGUUGAGUUUGAAAAUCAAUAUUAUGCUCAAGUCGCAUACCAAUCUACUGUAAGUCAUGGUCCCAUGAGGAUGAGCCCCGCAUAUAUUGGAUACGAGCCUGGUGACAUCAAUUGGCUAAAUAUGCGUAUAUUCUGGUGGGAAAGAAUUACUAGAAGAUCCUUGGCAUUUGCAGCAAUUGUUGCGUUGAUCAUAUUUUGGGCUAUCCCGGUUGCAUUUGUAGGUGUGAUUUCCAAUUUCACAUACCUUACAAAUAAGUUACACUGGCUCAGAUGGAUUGAAAGGUUACCAAAACAAUUAUACGGUUUGGUUACGGGUAUUUUGCCAACGGCAAUGUUAUCUAUUUUGAUGAUGCUUUUACCCAUGUUUAUCCGUGCCAUGGCAAAGAUUUCCGGAUGCGUAUCAGUACAAACUAUCGAGUUGUACACUCAAAAUGCAUACUUUGGAUUUUUAAUGGUUAAUGGUUUCUUGGUUACGGCUUUAGCAUCUUCUGCCACAGCCACUGUUACCCAGAUCAUUGAAAAACCAACCUCAGCAAUGAGCAUUUUGGCAGACAAAUUACCUCUUUCGUCCAAUUUCUACAUAUCAUAUUUGAUGUUGCAGGGCUUGACAAUUGCAGGAGGUGCAUUAUUCCAAAUAGUUGGUUUGUUCCUCUACUACAUUUUGGGUUACAUUUUGGAUAACACCGUGAGGAAAAAAUGGAACAGGUUUAGUGGGUUGGGCUCUGUUGCUUGGGGUACAGUUUUCCCCUUGUUUACACAGUUGGCUUGUAUCACUUUAAUAUACUCUGUUAUUUCACCAUUGAUCAUUAUCUUUGCAUGUGUUGCGUUUUUCCUUGUUUAUAUUGCGUACAUGUACAACCUCACUUAUGUGUUUGUUCCUUCACCAGAUGCACGUGGUCAGCACUACCCACGAGCAUUGCUACAAACAUUUACCGGUAUUUACAUUGGUCAAGUAUGUAUGCUUGGUAUAUUUGCAGUUGGUAAAGGAUGGGGCCCUAUAGUCUUGCAAGUUGUUGGUAUUGUGGCAACGGUGUUUAUCAACGUUCACAUGUGUCAAGCAUUUGACCAGUUGCUUACUGUGGUUCCAUUAGACUGUAUGAGGGCUUUAGAUGGUGUUUCAAGCACUCCCUCUUUCUCUGGCAAAUCCGAGUUUGCAUCAAAAAUUUUGGAAAACAAAAAGUAUAAGAAAAAGUACGAUGCCAAAUUUGAAAAAGAAUACGAGAAUGAACAAGAAAGAGAACGCCAGUUUACAUUCGAAGUGAAGGAAGAACUCAAAAAUAGUGACCCUGAGGCCAAUGUUGAUGAUUUGAAGAUUACAGCGGUGCCAUUAUUAGCCGAUCGUGAUAGGAAGUACACACAGAGCGAUAAUUUCUUGGUGAGGUUUAUUCGUCCCGAUGUGUUUCUCAAUUACCGUCAUGCAAAAAAGCUCUUGCCUGCACUGUACAAUAUUGAACCCGAGGUGACCGAUGAUAAACAUGCAUACGACGCACCUGCUAUCAGUGCACAGUGUCCUGGAGUCUGGAUCCCAAGAGACCCAAUGAACUUGGCAGCCAUCGAAAUUGAGAAUUUGAAGGACGUUGUUGACAUCAGCGAUGAAAAUGCAGGUUUCAAUGACAAGGGCAAGAUUGUUUUUUAUGGAAAGCCACCAAAUUAG